CGAAUAGGAGAGGAGUGGGCGUGGCUCCGUCACUGUCGGACAACUUCUUCCCGGCCGGAAGUAAACUCGUCGGGGUUCUUUUGUAACAAACUUUAUUUGGCCGUUAAAAAAAAAAAAAAACAACAAACAACGUCCAUGAGCGAGCUUUGUUUGUCCCUCCCGUCAUGUCGGAGUCUGUGGAGCGCUGCGCCGGGCUGAGCUCGCUGAAGGAGCAGGUCGAGAGGAAACUGUGCGAGGUGUUGGACGGAGCAGACGGCAAAGGAUGGCGGAGACUCGGGGAGAUCGUCGGCGGCGAUAGACGCUUCAAAGUCAGCCAGGACGACUUGGAAAUGUGCUCGCUCAAAGUCCUGCAUCCCGACGGCAGCCCGAGCCGCACGCUGCUGAGGCUGAUGGGAGAGCGAGGCUGCACCCGGGGUCACCUGCUGGACUACCUCCAGACGCUAGGCAACGCCGAGGCCCUCCGGUGCCUGAAAGCACCAGCCGUGCAGGUGCUCAUCCAGCCGCAGUCGGUGGCGCUCGUGUGCGGUCACAACCUGCGGCUCUGCUGCCACGCCGUGGGCCAGUCGCCGGUCCAGUACCAGUGGUUCAAGUCCAAAGAAGAGGUGCCAAACGGCUCCGCCCCGGACUUGGUGAUCGCGCCGGUGGACGUGAAGGAUUCCGGCUUUUACGUCUGCAGGGUCAACUGCGGCGACUCCUUUGAGUUCAGCCAGUGGGCUCAAGUGGACGUUUUGGACGUGUCCGUGCCAUGCCAGUCCUCCGAGGGUCGUCUGAAGGUGGCCGUCCAGCCGGAGUCGCAGCGGCUUCACGCCGGCCAAACUUUACAGCUGGAGUGCGGCGCCGUGGGACGCCCAAUACCUCGCUAUCAGUGGCACCGGAACGGAGUGCCCGUCGCCAACGCCAAAAGGAGGAAACUCACUAUCCCUCACGUGACGCAUGACAACCAGGGCGGGUAUCGCUGCGAGAUCAUCAGCGGCGCAGAGAGAACCUGGAGCAAGGAGGUCCAGGUUGUGAUCGAUGACAUUUACGCUAUUGGAGGAGGUUCCGCUGAGUUUCUUCUAAAUAGCAUUCCUGAGCAACUUUACGCGACGGACAAAGUGGCCUUGCUGAUUGGAAACCUGACCUACCAGAACCACCCUAAGCUCAAAGCUCCCACGGUGGACGUGUACGACCUAACCAACGUGCUGCGGCAGCUCAACUUCAAGGUGGUCUCCCUGCUGGACCUCACCGAGUCGGAGAUGCGCAACGCCGUGGACGAGUUCCUGCUGCUUCUCCACAGAGGGGUCUAUGGGCUGCUUUACUACGCGGGGCACGGAUACGAAAACUACGGCAACAGUUUCAUGGUGCCGGUGGACGCACCCGACCCGUACCGCUCGGCCAACUGCUUGUGCGUGCAGAGCAUCCUCAAACUGAUGCAGGAGAAAGAGACGGGGCUCAACGUCUUUCUCCUGGACAUGUGCAGGAAGAGGAAUAUCCACGACGACAGCAUUCGCAACGUGGUCCUGCAGGUCACGGCCAACAUCGUCUUCGGAUACGCCACGUGUCAAGACGCCGAGGCCUUCGAGUUGAACUCCAGCGGCCUCACCAACGGCGUGUUCGUCAACUUCCUGAAGAAGCGUCUGCUGGACGAGGAGAAGAUCACCGUGGUGCUGGACAGAGUCGCAGAAGACAUGGGCCAGUUCGACGCCACCAAGGGGAAGCAGGCGCUGGAGAUCCGCAGCAGUCUGUCCGAGCGAAGGGCCCUGAACGACCCGGUGCAGCCCAGCGACACAGACCAAGUCCACAGUCUCCAGUGGGCCAAAGCGCACGAGCUUCCAGAGAGUAUGAGUCUGGACUUUGAGUGCGGCGCUGAGAUCAAGUUGGGCUUCGCGGCCGAGUUCUCCAACGUGCUCGUCAUCUACACCCACAUCAUCAAGAAGCCCGCCGAGCUCUCCUCGUGCCAGGCUCACGUCACCGACUUCCCACAGGAGCUGGACGUGGACCCCAAAGAGAUGAACAGGGAGACUCCGGAGGAGACGGGUGUGUAUCUUCUGUCCAGCAGCCUGCCGCAGCACUGCCUCUACACCAGACUGGGCUCUCUGCAGAAACUCAAGGAGGAGCUGGAGUUCACCGUGUACCUCAGGGGCACUUCGCCCGCCAUGGACGACGACGACGUCUUCUGGACAAAAAAAGUCAACAUCGGCAAGCCUCUCAUCGCCCGCUUGGACCUGCAUGAAACCACGCGGCAAAACAGCUGCCUGCAGACCUGCCUGAUGCCCCACAGCCCCGGUCAGAGCCCCGCCACCGUGCACCGUACGCACCAGCAUCCCAAGCAGCACCCUCCAGGCCUGCCGUCCCCGCAGUGUCACCACCUCCACGUGCCCGCCGUCGGUGGUGUGGAGCACGGCCACGACAACGCGGGCUGCAGCGAGGUGGCACGCAGCUCCAGCAUGCCCAUCGAGGCCAGCGACGACAUGGACGAGCUGCAGACGGCGUUCAUCAACAGCUUGCAGCUCCAGCAGUCGUGAGAAGGUGACUUUUAAUACACUGAAAUUCUUACUGUUAGGAUUCACUAAGAAUUGUUCAUACUAGGAAAAUAUUUCUUCCAAAAUUCCAGCCCGGAAGCAACAAGUUCGAAUUAACAUCCCUCCUGUAUAUAUAUGGACAUGAGGCUCUAAAUUUUUGGUAAAAUCUAAAAUAUGUACAAAAAAAGCCAUACAAAAUUGCUACAAAAAUGAUUGUUGUGGAAGGGACGGCGUGGCGGAGUGGGAGAGUGACCGUGCACAACCCGAGGGUCCCUGGUUCAAUUCCCACCUAGUACCAACCUCGUCACGUCCGUUGUGUCCUGAGCAAGACACUUCACGCUUGCUCCUGAUGGGUGCUGGUUGGCGCCUUGCAUGGCAGCUCCCUCCAUCAGUGUGUGUGAAUGGGUAAAUGUGGAAGUAGUGUCAAAGCGCUUUGAGUACCUUGAAGGUAGAAAAGCGCUAUACAAGUACAACCCAUUUAAUUAAUGCUGCAGGAUGUAAAAAAAAAGUAAUUAAAAAAAAUAUUAAAGGCCUACUGAAAUGAGAUUUUCUUAUUUAAACGGGGACAGCAGGUCCAUUCUAUGUGUCAUACUUGAUCAUUUCGCGAUAUUGCCAUAUUUUUGCUGAAAGGAUUUAGUAGAGAACAUCGACGAUAAAGUUCGCAACUUUUGGUCGCUAAUAAAAAAGCCUUGCCUGUACCGGAAGUAGCAGACGAUGUUCGCGUGACGUCACGGGUUGUUGGGCUCCUCACAUCCUCACAUUGUUUACAAUCAUCGCCAGCAGCAGCUAGAGCUAUUCGGACCGAGAAAGCGACAAUUUCUCCAUUAAUUUGAGCGAGGAUGAAAGAUUUGUGGAUGAGGAAAUUUAGAGUGAAGGACUAGAAAAAAAAAAGGCGAUUGCAGUGUUAUUAGAUUAGAUUAGAUGGAUUAGAUAGUACUUUAUUUAUUCCGUCAGGAGAGUUCCUUUAGGAAAAUUAAAAUUUUCAGCACAAUCCCAUUCAAGAUCAGACAAACAUUACAAGGAGACAGAACAGGAUCGCUCACGGGUCUGCCGGCUUCCAGCGCCCCUUACAAAAAAGAUGAGAUACAGGUAAACAAGGGGGGGGGGGGAAUGGGAUAAAAAAAAUAGAAGAUUAAAAUAAAAUAAAAAAAUCGGUCUUAGCCUGGGCCCUGGGGAGGGGGGUGCAGACUGAGGCCAAGGGAAAAAAACAACUCAUAGCCAUAGAACACAUCCCUCUUACAUGGAGGGAAACAUCAAACAUCAAAGAACACAGAGGGCAUUAAAGACAUUAAAACAGCAGAUACAACCAGACACUUCUACAUACAGCUAUGAAUAAAAAGUAAAAGAAACAUAUCCACUGUGGUGGCCUCUGCGGUGUUCCACGCCAUCGUCCGCUGAGGUGGAGACAGUAUGGCCAGAGACAGGAGCAGACCCAACAAAGCAACCAAGACAGCCGACUCCAUUCUCGGCCAGUGUCCAGUCCGCAUGGAUGAGCAAGGAUACGUCCAAGGUGACUGAGGUGUCCGACACCUGCUCACCCAGCCAAGACACCGCGAAGACAGUAUGGCCAGAGACAGGAGCAGACCCAACAAAGCAACCAAGACAGCCGACUCCACUCUCGGCCAGUGUCCAGUCUGCAUGGAUGAGCGAGGAUACGUCCAAGGUGACUGAGGUGUCCGUCACCUGCUCACCCGGCCAAGACACCGCGAAGACAGUAUGGCCAGAGACAGGAGCAGACCCAACAAAGCAACCAAGACAGCCGACUCCACUCUCGGCCAGUGUCCAGUCCGCAUGGAUGAGCGAGGAUACGUCCAAGGUGACUGAGGUGUCUGACACCUGCUCACCCAGCCAAGACAGUAUGGCCAGAGACAGGAGCAGACCCAACAAAGCAACCAAGACAGCCGACUCCACUCUCGGCCAGUGUCCAGUCCGCAUGGGUGAGCGAGGAUACGUCCAAGGUGACUGAGGUGUCCGACACCUGCUCACCCAGCCAAGACAGUAUGGCCAGAGACAGGAGCGGACCCAACAAAGCAACCAAGACAGCCGACUCCACUCUCGGCCAGUGUCCAGUCCGCAUGGAUGAGCGAGGAUACGUCCAAGGUGACUGAGGUGUUUGACACCUGCUCACCCGGCCAAGACCCAGCGAAGACAGUAUGGCCAGAGACAGGAGCAGACCCAACAAAGCAACCAAGACAGCCGACUCCACUCUCGGCCAGUGUCCAGUCCGCAUGGGUGAGCGAGGAUACGUCCAAGGUGACUGAGGUGUCCGACACCUGCUCACCCAGCCAAGACAUUAUGGCCAGAGACAGGAGCAGACCCAACAAAGCAACCAAGACAGCCGACUCCACUCUCGGCCAGUGUCCAGUCCGCAUGGGUGAGCGAGGAUACGUCCAAGGUGACUGAGGUGUCUGACACCUGCUCACCCAGCCAAGACAGUAUGGCCAGAGACAGGAGCAGACCCAACAAGGCAACCAAGACAGCCGACUCCACUCUCGGCCAGUGUCCAGUCCGCAUGGAUGAGUGAGGAUACGUCCAAGGUGACUGAGGUGUCCGACACCUGCUCACCCGGCCAAGACAGUAUGGCCAGAGACAGGAGCAGACCCAACAAAGCAACCAAGACAGCCGACUCCACUCUCGGCCAGUGUCCAGUCCGCAUGGGUGAGCGAGGAUACGUCCAAGGUGACUGAGGUGUCCGACACCUGCUCACCCAGCCAAGACAGUAUGGCCAGAGACAGGAGCAGACCCAACAAAACAACCAAGACAGCCGACUCCACUCUCGGCCAGUGUCCAGUCCGCAUGGAUGAGCGAGGAUACGUCCAAGGUGACUGAGGUGUCUGACACCUGCUCACCCAGCCAAGACAGUAUGGCCAGAGACAGGAGCAGACCCAACAAAGCAACCAAGACAGCCGACUCCAUUCUCGGCCAGUGUCCAGUCCGCAUGGAUGAGCGAGGAUACGUCCAAGGUGACUGAGGUGUCCGACACCUGCUCACCCAGCCAAGACACCGCGAAGACAGUAUGGCCAGAGACAGGAGCAGACCCAACAAAGCAACCAAGACAGCCGACUCCACUCUCGGCCAGUGUCCAGUCCGCAUGGAUGAGCGAGGAUACGUCCAAGGUGACUGAGGUGUCCGACACCUGCUCACCCAGCCAAGACACCGCGAAGACAGUAUGGCCAGAGACAGGAGCAGACCCAACAAAGCAACCAAGAUAGCCGACUCCACUCUCGGCCAGUGUCCAGUCCGCAUGGAUGAGCGAGGAUACGUCCAAGGUGACUGAGGUGUCCGACACCUACUCACCCAGCCAAGACACCGCGAAGACCGUAUGGCCAGAGACAGGAGCAGACCCAACAAAGCAACCAAGACAGCCCACUCCACUCUCGGCCAGUGUCCAGUCCGCAUGGAUGAGCGAGGAUACGUCCAAGGUGACUGAGGUGUUUGACACCUGCUCACCCGGCCAAGACACCGCGAAGACAGUAUGGCCAGAGACAGGAGCAGACCCAACAAGGCAACCAAGACAGCCGACUCCACUCUCGGCCAGUGUCCAGUCCGCAUGGAUGAGCGAGGAUACGUCCAAGGUGACUGAGGUGUCCGACACCUGCUCACCCAGCCAAGACAGUAUGGCCAGAGACAGGAGCAGACCCAACAAGGCAACCAAGACAGCCGACUCCACUCUCGGCCAGUGUCCAGUCCGCAUGGAUGAGCGAGGAUACGUCCAAGGUGACUGAGGUGUCUGACACCUGCUCACCCAGCCAAGACAGUAUGGCCAGAGACAGGAGCAGACCCAACAAAGCAACCAAGACAGCCGACUCCACUCUCGGCCAGUGUCCAGUCCGCAUGGGUGAGCGAGGAUACGUCCAAGGUGACUGAGGUGUCCGACACCUGCUCACCCAGCCAAGACAGUAUGGCCAGAGACAGGAGCAGACCCAACAAAGCAACCAAGACAGCCGACUCCACUCUCGGCCAGUGUCCAGUCCGCAUGGAUGAGCGAGGAUACGUCCAAGGUGACUGAGGUGUCCGACACCUGCUCACCCGGCCAAGACACCGCGAAGACUCUCUGUCCCAGCGCUCAGUGCUAGCUCCGGAGUUCUGUCCCCUCAUCCGCAUCUCCUCCAGUCCCUCCAGAGACCCUGCAGCUGGUCUCCAUGGCCAAAAGGCUCCCGGCCGGCAGAUCCAGAAGGGAGGAUUAGACACAUUUACCAGGAUAAUUCUGGAAAAUCCCUUAUCUGCCUAUUGUGUUGCUAGUGUUUUAGUGAGAUUAAUAGUACCUGAAAGUCGGAAGGGUGUGUCGACGCCAGAGUCUCUGAGGGAAGUCACGGCAGCUACAGCAGGACGGAAGCUCCGCUGAUGUCUCCGGUAAGAGGCGACUUAUUACCACAAUUUUCCAUGUUCGCUUGACCGCUCUGAUCCAUGGUAAAGCUUCAUCUUCAGGAAUUUUAAACAAGGAAACGCCGGCUGUGUUUUUGUGGCUAAAGGCUAAAAGCUUCCCACCUCCAUCUUUCUACUUUGACUUCUCCAUUAUUAAUUGAACAAAUUGCAAAAGAUUCAGCAACACAGAUGUCCAGAAUACUGUGUAAUUAUGCGAUUAAAGCAGACUUCUUAUAGCUUGGAUCGGGCUGGAAAAUAAUGCGCUCAGAGACAGGAGCAGACCCAACAAAGCAACCAAGACUGACGUUUUCAACACGACACUUCGCGGGAAAUUUAAAGUUGCAAUUUAGUAAACUAAAAAGGCCGUAUUGGCAUGUGUUGCAAUGUUAAUAUUUCAUCAUUGAUAUAUAAACUAUCAGACUGCGUGGUCGCUAGUAGUGGCUUUCAGUAGGCCUUUAAUAUUAGGAGCUGAGAUAGGCUCCAGCGACCCUGAAGGGAAUAGGCGGUAGAAAACGGAUGGGAUGGAUGGAUUAAUAUUAGCAAGUUUCACACAAUUGCAUUCUUUUAACACAGCCAGUAAUAUAAAAUAAUAUUAAUAAAUACAAUGAAAUAUACAUUUUACAUAAUUUUUAUAAAUAUAUAUUUUUGUUAACGUGUAGAAUGGCCAUUUUAAUUUUGGGUAUGUGUUGAAAAACGCCUGUUAUAAUGUACAAUGGAGUCAGUACUGGACGCAAAGACAGCAAAGGAGUCCAAUUUACUGAAAUGUGAAUUAUUUAAAAAAAAUGUAAUUAUAAACACAAAAACAUUCUACUUAAGUGUAGUUCCAUGAAGCACAAAAAUAGCAGACAAACACUGAAUAAUUCAUGUCUGAGACUCGCAGGCCACACACGGUAUAGCUCGGUUGGUAGAGUGGCCGUGCCAGCAACUUGAGGGUUGCAGGUUCGAUUCCCGCUUCAGCCAUCCUAGUCACUGCCGUUGUGUCCUUAGGCAAGGCACUUUACCCACCUGCUCCCGGUGCCACCCACACUGGUUUGAAUGUAACUUAGAUAUCGGGUUUCACUAGUCAUUAGAGAAAAAGCGCUAUAUAAAUAUAAUUCACUUCACUUCACACUCAGGGUCGCCAGUAAAUGGGUAUGGGUACCUGGGAAUCGAUAACGGUAGCAAUUUUUGGUACUUUUGUGUGUGUUGAAAAAUGUAAAUUGUUUUUGAUAAUAAAAUCUCAUUUUUUAUUGCAA